AUGAUGGUCGCGUUUGGUGAAGGUCGACAGAGAAGUUGGGAACUGUCCAUCAAUGCUGCCUUGAACGAUACUUCUGCGCCCUCAAGCUUGGGACUAUCGACCGAAGCUGAUGUUAUCUCUCCAUUAACUCCUGUCGUUCGUCGUGAACCGUUUCCCACACCAGGCACGCAUGGCACAACGGCUCGCCAGAGGGAAGACAGUCUUCCAAACACAGUCUGUGAUAUCUCUCCUCUAGACCCCAGCGAAUCGUGGGAUGAUGGCCUCUGGAGCGACGCUACAACUGCUGGUGCGGUGCUUUCUCUGCUUCAUAAGGAACCACCGGACUCUCUAUCCAGAACUUCUCCCAUCGGCGAGCAAACUGGACGCAUCUCACGCAUAACAUGCUCUGUGUGCCUCGAGGUCCUCGAACCCCACCGUUAUCCAGAAACACCGAUAGCUGCUGGGUGUGACCAUACAUCGAUAUCUGGUACACAUAUGUGCACUAUCUGUUUGAGCCGCAGUCUCGACGCACAGUUCUCCAUAUCACGAUCAGCGCUAUUGGCCUGCCCCCUCUGCCAUGCACAACUAUCUGACGAAGAGGUUGAACGGUGGGCUAGCACGCCAACAUUUCUUGCUUAUGAUAUGGCUCGGACAUGGCGAAUACUGGAGCAGGAUGUGGAAUUUGUCAUGUGUAUCAACCCAGACUGUAGCUCUGGACAGCUGCAUGCUGGUGGGUUGGAGAAUCCCGUCGUCGCCUGUCGGGCAUGUGGUACGCGGACAUGCUUCAACCAUCGGACUGCGCCCUGGCACGACGGCUUGACCUGUGCAGAGUACGAGACAACCGACUAUCAGAGUGCAAUAAACGACAACCCGAUAACAGGGCCACUGGACAUACAAAGAGUGGACGAUGCAAGACAAGAGCGGCCUCUAUCUGACGAGUUUCUAAGUCAAAGAACCAUUCAGGAAACUACUCGUGCGUGUCCUGAAUGUCACGCCGCGACAGAAAGGGCAGGGGGUUGCAAACACAUGCGAUGCGGAAUGUGUUUGGGGGAAUGGUGCUGGGACUGUGGCAACUAUUGGCAACAAGGGCAUCUCGGCGUUGACUGUCUUACAUCGCAUAUUAGCGAAUGA